AUGGUGAGACAUCUUCCUUUCUUCUCUGGAAGAGUUGCUCUCGUCAACUACGGCAAUGACUAUGGCAAGCUCGUUGUCAUCGUAGAUGUCAUUGACCAGAACCGAGCUCUUGUUGAUGCUCCUGACACCGUGCGGUCUCAAAUGAACUUCAAGAGACUUUCCCUCACUGACAUUAAGAUUGACAUCAAGAGGGUCCCUAAGAAAAAGGAACUUCUUGCGGCUAUGGAAGCUGCCGAUGUGAAGAAGAAGUGGGAGAACAGCUCUUGGGGAAGAAAAUUGAUUGUUCAGAAGAGAAGGGCAUCACUCAACGACUUUGAUAGGUUUAAGCUCAUGUUGGCAAAGAUCAAGAAAGCUGGACUUGUUCGACAAGAGCUUGCAAAGUUGAAGAAACAGAGUGCCUAAGCAACAUGUGAUACUGAGUUUGCCAUUUUGUUAUGAAUUUAGUUGUUCAGUCAUUUGGAUCUUUGUCCAUCCGUUUUCAAUCAAUUUAGAGAUAUUCAGAGCAGUUUAAGUUUCUAAUAUUGUUGACAGAUUGGAGACGGCUCUUUUACUUAUUUUGUCAUUAAACUUAAGUUUCUAUCCUUAAUGUAGAAUUUUUUUUCUGGA